AUGCAAAUCUCCAGUCACGUACUGUUCCUCGCCAUAGGCCUCUUUGGUCGCUCGACUCUCGCAGAUGCGGGAGCCUCCACAGAGGCAGCCUGCAAGGAGUUGUCCAAAGCCCUCCCAGGUCGAGUUUCCCUCCCUCUGAGCAUUGACUACUACCGCGAGUCUACUGAAUACUGGUCAACCGUGCUUAGAGACAUCAAGCCUGCUUGCGUUGUUGUCCCGGAGUCUGCCUCCGAAGUCGCAACGGGGGUGAAGAUCGUGAACAAGUAUCCAGACGUCAAGUUCACUGCAAAGAGCGGAGGGCAUGACCCGAAUCCUGGCCAUGCCACCGUUCGCGACGGGGUCCUUUUCUCGCUCAGCGAAAUUUCGGGAACUACAUUUGACAAAAGCAGCAGCCUCGCCUAUGUGAAGCCCGGAGGUGAAUGGAACGACGUUAUCACCACUCUGAACCAAUAUGGCGUCACUGUGGUGGGAGGUCGGCUAGGCAUUGUCGGGAUCGGUGGAUAUCUAACUCAGGGAGGGAUAUCCUUCCUGAGCGCACAAUAUGGACUGGCCGCUGACAGCAUCGUGGGCUGGGAGCUAGUCACGGGCAAUGGGACUAUUGUCAACGUCAAUGCCCAGGAUCAACCCGAACUCGCCGUUGCCCUACGCGGGAGCGGUAGUCAAUUUGGAAUCGUCACGAAGUUUACCAUCAAGACAUACCCCAUCGGCCAAGUCUGGGGCGGUCUUCGCAUCUACGAGGAGUCCAAAACCGACGAAAUCUUCAAAGCUCUCCACAACUUUAUACCGGCGAAUGGACAAGAGCAAAAGGCUGCCAUCAUCGUCUCCAAUCUGGUCGCCAUCGGCGGUACACGAGCUUUCAUCAUCUUCUACUUUUAUGAUGGGCCGACACCGCCGACCUCGGGGCCGUUUGCAGACUUUCUCAAAAUUGGAUCUUUGAUCUCAAUCACUAAGGCGCAAACGUACCCCCAGCUGCUGGAGUUCAACGGUGCCGGUGCCUCUUUAUUGAACUCGAGGGUCUCGUUCAGGACACUUACGAUUCCUUACGUUUCUGACAAUCCUACCAUCUACUCCGAAAUCUCCACCAGGAUGAAGGACAUAACAAAAGCUUACUUGUCAAACCCUCUACGAUUGACUUCCCAGUGCACAGUCGAUUUCCAGCCACUGCCCUCGAUCGUGGGCAGACACACCGAUGAACGAGGUGGCAACGCCAUGGGUCUCACGGAGUCGGAUCCCGAUCGUAUUAUUCUAGAAAUUCAAUGCUCCUGGUCAAGUGCAAACGAUGACGAGGCGAUGCAACAGUUCUCCAGGGACCUGACGACCUGGAUUGAAAGCAGAAUUCCUGUUUGGCUUGAGGGAAGUCAGAUCAAGGAGGUUUACCUUCCAUUGUUCAUGAACGAUGCCAUGGGAGAUCAGAAUGUCACAGGCAGCUACCGAGAUUAUGCAAAACUGAAGUCUCUGCAGCUGCAGGCAGACCCUGAGGGUAUCCUGAGGACAAGAACUGGCGGUUUUAAAUAUUGA